AUGGCCCCCAACGUCACCUUCACCGACUACGCUGGCCCCGGCGAGUACAACCGCAAGGUCUUCUCCUACUCUCAGGCGGUGCGGAUUGGAUCUGUCAUCAAAUGCUCCGGUCAAGGUGGAUGGGACGACCAGGGCACUCUUGCCAAGGGAGACAUCAAGCAGCAGGUGCAGUAUGCGUUUGACAAUUUGGAAAAGUGCAUCAAGGAGGCCGGGGGCAAGGGCUGGUCGGACGUGUAUGCGGUCCGCAGCUGGCAUACCAAUUUGGACGAGAGCUUCCCAGUGAUAGUGGAACAGUUCAAGAAAGCCAUGCCAGACCACGCGCCUAUUUGGACCUGCGUGGGCGUGGCCUCUUUAGCCAUUCCGGGCAUGGAGAUCGAGAUUGACUGCGAGGCGUACGUGGAGAGCAAAUAG